AUGGCCAUCGCGAUGUACGGCUACGGGUGGUUGAAGCCGGCGGGGUGUGCGAAGACGAUGCUGGGCCGGAGAGAAGAAGAGGUUGAGAGGGAAGAAGUCGAGCGCCAGUUGAGGGAGGUCGAGAUGCAGGAGCGUGCUGCCCAGGAGGCUGACGAGCAAGAGCGACAGGCGAGAUUGGCCGAGACAGGGGAGCCGGAGGAGGGGCGGGACUUGGAUGAGGAUAUCCCUGAUAUGGAUGGGGAAGACGGUUUGGAGGAUGACGAUGACGAGGUGGAUCUCGAUGGUGAGAUUCCAGACAUGGACGGUGAAGAAGACGAAGAGGGCAUGGACGGCGAUCUAGACGAUGAGAUUCCCGAAGCCGAUGAUGAUGAAAAUGACGAUGACGAUGAUCCCAUGUCACCCGAUCCUGAUGGAACCGAUUCAAACUGGGUUUACGAUUCACGGCGCGAGCCAGACACAGACGAUGAGAUGCACAAUGCGCAUGCAUCUUCUCCAGGAAAUCACCGCAACCGACGGUCCGAUCGAUUCAGGCACGGCACAGCCAUUGUGGCUGGUGUGCGGGUCCCUGUCCCGGGAAGUGAGUACGACUACGAUGAGCGCGAGGCCGAGGAGUUGGCCAACGCGAUGCUGGACGAAGACGAGAUCUUCGACCAGGAAGAUGAGGAUGAAAUGGCACUGGAACGAGAUCUCGACGAUGACGUCCCCGAGGCGGGGGGAGAGUCUGAGGGAGGCUGGGAACACACCGACACGGAGCUCGAGGACAGCGAGAUGGAUAUCUCCAUCUUACCGCCCUCGCACAUCGGCACAGGCCGGAUUUCCGGCGUGCGACCACCACCGCAACAAGAGCAGCGUGUGAGCAUGGCGGGAUCAUCAGCGAGGAGCAACGCACGCCACUCCAGCGCGAGCGCGUAUGCGGCUGCGCAGCAGCAGCAGCAGCAGCGCCGCAGCUCUGGACCGUGGAUCACUGAGCCCUCGCCCACGGCGGCGCCGCAUCCGGGGGACAUCAAUUCCCGACAGACUCCUGCUGACCUACAACCACAACAACGCCGCACAAUCGCCCCGCGCGGCGCCAGAAUGGUCAGCGGUAACCAGCGCCAGUACCUGCACACACCUGAGACGCCGGACUUCUCGCCCAUAUCCCACGGCGAAUACGAGGACGAGGACGAGGACGAGGAGGAAGAAGAGGAUCUCCCUGAUCCAUUCAACUCCUCGAACGCCCCUCGACAUCAUCCACAACGCCAGCCCCAGUACCAAGCCCACGCCCCGCGACAAAGCAGCAAUCUCGUGCCUCAGCAACCAUCCCUCGACAACUCGACCUCAACUUCCCGGACCGGAGCUGGUAGCGGCACCAGCUCGACGCGCAACGCAGCGCGGUCCUGGCUCGACGGCGCCGCUGCGGCCGUCACCGGCGGGAGUGCGCGUAGAACGCUUUUUGGUCGGGUUGCGAGACGGACGAAUGAUCCUGCUGCGUCUGGUAUGGGAGAUAGAGUCGGUGGUACUGUUGGUGGAAGUGGGAGUGGUGGGCUAUUCACGCCGUCGCCGCCCGCCGGGGCUGGUGGCCCGGCUGGUUCGGGGGCUGCGGCUUCGACGGCCGCGUGGGACGAUACGCCAGUUACUCGGGGACAGGGACAGGGCCAGGGGCAGGGACAGGCCGAACAGCAGCAGCAAAGACACCACCAGCGGCGCAGGAGUGGGCGGUUCCUCGCUGGACGGCGGAGGGGUGCUGAUGCCGAGUAA